GCGAGCUGAGAGAUGUGAUCUGUAGAGCCUCCGAGAGAAGCACGCGGAGGCCAGGGUUCUGCGAAGAGAGAAACUCAGAGGCAGUGUGGGAAGUGUAGUCCAGUUGGCUUAGCGGAUGAUUCCGGGUGGGCGCCGAGGUUCCGGAAAGGGACUGAACAGGCCUGAAAAGAGACUGUGACUAUGCCUUUUAACUCAGUAGCUGGAGCACAGGAACUGUUGGUUGAAUGAAUAACCCAUCCAUUGAGGGCCUAUUUAGACCUUGAGGAUAACCCUGUGAACUGCUAAGAGUUUACUGGAUCUGCCCUUUAGUGUUGAUUUCAUUAUGCUGCGACGAAAACCAACCCGCCUGGAGCUGAAACUUGAUGAUAUUGAGGAGUUCGAGAGCAUUCGAAAGGACCUGGAGACACGUAAGAAACAAAAGGAAGAUGUGGACAUUGUAGGAGGCAGUGAUGGAGAAGGUGCCAUUGGACUCAGCAGUGAUCCCAAGAGCCGGGAACAAAUGAUUAAUGAUCGAAUUGGUUAUAAACCCCAACCAAAGCCCAACAAUCGUUCAUCUCAAUUUGGAAAUUUUGAGUUUUAGAGGUGGAUUAUCUUGUGUGCCAGAGCCCUGGAAUGGAGUACAAUGAUGGUAGAAACACAAACAAGAUUUAGAGAAUGGAGUGCUUGAAGUCAGGCAGAAUAUUUUACCUCCUGCAGAGAAAUACUUCUGCAUGAGAUUAUGGAUGCUUAACUUUCACUCUGAAAUUCAAACUCUGGUUUGUCUCUGGAAAAUAUGACUCGAUAAAACUUGUCUGAUUUUUGUUUUUAAAAAUAAAUAUAUUUUU